UGGCUUUAAAAGUAAAAAAAAAAGGUGGCACUAGUUUCCAACUACAAAUUGAUUGCAAUAAAUACAGUUAUAUGGUUAUAAACUAAUUAAUGGGAAUAUUUCUACAUAUGUAGGACAUCGUUACAUUGUUAUGUCAGAGUUAUGUGCUCUCACGUUUAAGAGUCUACAUUUUAUAAAAGGGAUUAAAAGAUAGAUUACUUCAUCCAUUAACAAGUCGUUUAGUUUGAACCCUUCCAUACCAUCUCUAAAUAAAUCAUACCAGGACGAUUUGUUUAUCAAACGCAGAAAAGAAAAGAGAUCGCUCAGGUUAAAUUUAACUAGAAAACAUACGGACUUCAUUGAUCCUUUUUCUUUAAUGGAAUAUUGACCGCAAAACAUGUCAGACGUUUGAAAAAGUUAAAUAUAUUGAGAAAUUUAAAUCAAUAAUAUCACACAUUUGUAAAUCUCCUUUUCUUUAAUAACUUACAAUAUAAAUCUCAUUCAUAUUUCUAUUAAAACAGUUAAAUUUCUCUUUUGAGUCUCAAGUGUACCUAUUAAAAUGUGAUUGUAUAUUAACUGUUUGUGGUUAAACUUAAAAACGGUUAAAAUCUCAUUUUUUUAAUCUAUGCACUUUUGGUCAGUCCUAAUAUUUUGUAUUUUCUUGUUUAGAUCAUUCAUUUUAAAACAAUGAAUAAUAAUAGCGGUGUUGAGCUUACAAUAGAUUUGACUCAAAGUGACUCAGCAAACAAUUUUGAUGUUAGGGAUGAGGUUUAUACUCUAAUGGUUAUUGUCACCAUGGUUAUCAUAGCCAAUAUUCUUUCUUUAGUAGGAACCAUUGGAAGUAUACUAAAUAUAAUAAUUUUAUCUCAUCAUAAAAUGCAGGAUACAACUAAUGUAGUCUUGUUAGCCAUUUCUGUUUGUGACUUAAUUUAUUCAAUUACACAAAUAUCAUUUAAUUUUUCACAAUCGGCAUUUUUGAUUAAUGUGUACAUUUUUAUGUGGGUUUAUGUAAUCCACACACUUAUUUUUGAUACGAUUAAUUAUUUUGCGGCAAUUGUUAGUAUCCAUUUAGUGACUUUAGUUUCUAUAGAAAGAAUGGUCGCUGUUUGUUUUCCUUUUCAUGUCUCAAGAAUAUUUACAUUGUCUCGUAUUAAAGUUAUAAUUGUCGCCAUAGUUUGUUGUAACCUUGUUCUACGAAUCCCUGCUUUGUUUAAAUAUGAGAUGCAAUAUUUUGAAUACAUGAAUGCAACUUUGCCAGGUCUAAAAUAUGGAGAUUUUUAUUAUCAAAAUGUUUACUUUUUUAAUACUUUUUCCACCCUGGCAGCUCAUUUUCUUUUUACUAUACUUCCAUUUUUAGCUAUUUCCAUAUGUACCAGUCUCUCCAUAUUUCAUAUCUCUAUAACAUCUAAAACUAAAGCAACAUUGUCUUCUAUAGAGGCUAUCGCUAAACGUAAAAAGGAAAUGAAAUCUGUGAAGAUAGUUUUAAUUAUUUGUGUGUUAAUUAUGUUUCUUGUUUUAAUUCCACUAAUUGUACAACAAGUGAUCUAUUCAUUUAAUUUGGUUCGAAUACCUCUAAAAUGGUCCAUAAUAGCAUUUUGGCUUGUCAAUCUACUGACGCAGAUCAACUCUUCUUUCAAUUUUCUUAUAUACGUCACCAGUAGUCCGAAAUUUAAAAGUACUUUAAUGACAUGUUUUACAUUCAAAAAGAGAGUUAAACAUUAAACAUUAACCUUUUUUCUGGACAUUUUCUUUUUUGGUUGAUA